AUGGGUUCCAUGAUUUGGGACGAGAACGACAAGAAACCCGCAGAAGUUUCCAAGCAGCUACCUCACAUGCAGCUCAUGGCCAGCUGGGAAAACCCCAAUAGACGAAACAAACCACCUCCUCCAUCUAUGAUGGAAGCAGUUCGAAUCUUGAACAACCUCGUCAUACCGGCCCCAAUUGUCGAUAUGCUGGCAGAGGCCGGUUGGGAUGCAGAGAAAUGCUGUAAUGCGAAGUUGACACAGGAGGAGAAAAGACUCGGUGCGAGACCAACAGGACUGAAGCGCAGUAUCGAAGAUGAGGACGGUUAUUCAUCCCAAGACAAAAAGCAAAAGAUUUCGGCAGAGGCUGCCCAGAAAGACCCUUUCCAGCCAUGGAGACCGGGACCUCUCGGUCAGGCGUCUCGAAAACCAACCUUGAUGCAUGAGCAAAGCAUCAUCAAAAACGAGAGAUUGUCUCCAUUAUCUGGCCUUUUUAAUCCACUAGGAAGACUUCCAAGCGCUGAUAGUCUCGCUGAUGAGUUUGAAGAUGAUGGACUCGGCAAGUACCCCAAUCGUGAGAGCCCUCAGGUCGAAGGGGAGCCUCAUGUUCUCCCGGGCACCAGUGCAGCUAUUGCAGCUGGCGUCAACGAUAUCCAGAACGACGACACCACGAAGGCGUCCAAGGUUACUGAUUCAACCAGUGACGUGAACUCUUCGCUUGGGAGCGCACUUAAUAUCGACACCUCGGGCCCGGUCCACCCCAAGGUAAAGAAGCGCAGCUCCCGAAAGGAGCUGAAACGAGCCGUUGAUGCCAUCGACAACAACCUAACAGCCAUUUCGGCAGGCCAAUCUCUCCAGCUUCAUGAUCAAGCAGGUCAACUUCGCGAAUGUCACGAAAAUCUCAACGACCACUCCAGUCAGCUUCGAGAGCAGUCCAACCGACUUCAAAACCUCGAUAACCAAUUCCGCACUCAAUCCGACCUGCUUCAAAGGCAAGAUAUCACUCUAAAUCAGCUCCGUCAGGAUAAUCGAGCUCUCCGAGGCAGCCUACAACGAGUCCUUCUGUCCCUUUCCCAGGUCAUCAAUAUACUCCGGAAGUCGAACAAGGGCGAAAAACGGGCGCUCAGGUCAACAAAGAAGCGUGCCGAGAGGGAACUGGAGGAGUUCAAGUCGGCAGACAAGACCACCAAAGUCCUGAAGUGA